CUAUUUACCCCACUCUCCACUUUUAGCUGUGAUUGCCACUUGACGCUUAGCGCACGCAUCUAGCUAUACUACGAACAGAAACAGAAGCAGAUACAUACACAUACACGCACUCAGACAAUAUGGCAGCUUUGAAGCAAGGAAAGCAGGCGAUCCUGGAGAAGAAUGACAAUGAUGUCGUCAUCGUCUCCGCCCUCCGAUCACCCAUCACCCGCGCCAAGAAGGGUGGACUGGCUCAGUGCUGUCCCGAGGAGAUGCUGGGCAAUGUUUUCAAGGCAGUCAUUGCACAGAGCAAGAUUGAUCCCGCGCUGGUCCAGGACAUUGCCGUCGGCAACGUUCUCCCUCCCGGUGGAGGUGCCACCGUGGCCCGUAUGGCCGCCCUCUGGGCUGGAUUCCCCAGCAGCACUGCUGUCAACACCCUGAACAGGCAAUGUUCUUCCGGUCUGGCUACCAUCAACCAGAUUGCCAAUGAAAUUACCGUUGGUCAGAUUGACAUUGGUAUUGGUGCCGGUGUUGAGUCGAUGACGCAAAACUACGGAGCUGGUGUCAUGCCCGAGAAGAUGUCGGAUGCCGUCAUGGAGAAUGAAGAGGCAGCCGACUGUCUCCUGCCCAUGGGUAUCACUUCCGAGAACGUUGCCAAGAAGUACAAUGUCGACCGCAAGAAGCAGGAUGCUUUCGCUGCCAACUCCUACGCAAAGGCCGUCAAGGCUCAGAAGGAGGGUUACUUCAAGAGCGAAAUCGUCCCCAUUACCUACGAGGACGAUGAGGGCAACAAGCGCACUAUUGAGAUUGACGAUGGUAUCCGAGAGGGUGUCACUGCCGAGUCGCUUGCCAAGCUCAAGCCAGCCUUUGACAAGGACGGCUUCACCACUGCCGGAAACGCCUCGCAGGUAUCCGACGGUGCCGCCGCUGUGCUCCUCGCGCGUCGUUCCGUAGCCAAGAAGCUCGGCCUUCCCAUCAUCGGCAAGUACGUUACUGGCGCUGUAGUUGGUGUGCCACCCAACAUCAUGGGUGUUGGUCCUGCCUACGCUAUUCCCAAGGUUCUGGAACUCGCCGGCCUCAGCAAGGAUGACGUUGACGUCUGGGAGAUCAACGAGGCCUUUGCGUCCCAGGCAGUCUACUCCAUCGAGCACCUUGGUCUAGACUUUGCCAAAGUCAACCAAAACGGUGGGGCUAUCGCUUUCGGACAUCCCUUGGGCGCAUCGGGCGCCAGAAUUGCAAGCACAGCUCUUGCCAUCGCUAAAAGAACAGGUGGCAAGAUCAUCUGUGAAUCGAUGUGUAUCGGUACAGGUAUGGGCAUGGCAGGCAUCAUCGUGAACGAGCAGUAGAAAUGUGUCGACGAUGUAGAGCAGGGCAACGCGUCUCGAUGAUGACGCGCUAGUUCCGCUGUUGGCUCGAUUGCAGG